GCUGUACUUGUUAUCUUUUAUAUAUCCAUUAAAGAAAUGAAAAGCUCAAUAAAAAAGCUAAGGCAACUUCUCCGCAGAAGAGGAAGAAGAAGCUAAGUUUCCGAAAGGUGAAGAGAAAAGAAUGGUGCAGGGAAGGGAGGCGGCGAAGGCGGUGUUUUCGGUUGCCGGAAUGACUUGCUCUGCAUGCGCCGUCACGGUGGAGAAGGCCGUCAAGAGACUCCCCGGAAUUAAAUAUGCGGCGGUUGACGUCUUGAAUAACAGGGCUCUAGUCUUGUUUUAUCCAACUUCUGUCAAUGAGGAAACAAUCCUGCAAGCCAUAGAAGAGAUGGGAUUCGAGGCAAUGCUGAUUAGUACAGGCGAAGAUAGAAGCAGCAAGAUAGCACUGAAAGUUGAUGGAGUGGAAGGUGAAAAUUCCAUGAUUUUGAUUGCGAAUUCUCUUGAAGCGCUCCCGGGUGUUGAGGAUAUUGACAUUGAUCCUCAGCUCAAUAAGGUCUCUAUUUCUUACGAAUCAGCUGUAACAGGACCCAGAGUUUUUAUUCAAGUAAUCGAGUCGAUUGGCUCUGCAGGGAGCUUCCAAUUCAAGGCAAAGGUAUAUCCUGAAGGAGAUAAAGAAGGUCACAGGCAGCAGGAAAUCAGUCAAUAUCGUCGGUCCUUUCUCUGGAGCCUUGUUUUCACCAUUCCUGUUUUCCUAACCUCCAUGAUCUUUAUGUAUAUUCCUGGUAUUAAAGACCUCCUUGACACCAAAGUUGUAAACAUCGCUAACAAUGGGGAGAUUUUGAGGUGGUUGUUGUCUACUCCGGUCCAGUUUAUAAUUGGCCGGAGUUUCUAUACUGGUUCUUAUAAUGCACUCCGCCAUGGAUCUGCAAAUAUGGAUGUGUUGAUUGCACUGGGGACAAAUGCAGCUUACUUUUAUUCUGUGUAUUCAGUUCUGAGAGCUGCCACUUCCCCAGACUUUAAGUCUUGUAGAAGUGAUUUUUUUGAGACCAGUUCAAUGCUCAUCACAUUCAUUCUUCUGGGGAAGUAUCUUGAAGUGUUGGCCAAAGGGAAAACAUCAGAAGCAAUUGCCAAGCUCAUGGAGUUGGUGCCUGAGAAAGCGAUUUUGGUAACGACAAGUGAGGACAGUACUGAAGUAGAAGAAGAGAUUGAUAGGCGAUUGAUACAGAAGAACGACAUGAUUAAGAUCCUUCCAGGUGAUAAAGUUGCCUGUGAUGGCAUUGUUGUUAGGGGGAAUUGCCAUGUGAAUGAGAGCAUGAUAACUGGAGAGUCGAGGCCGGUUGCUAAACGGGAGGGCGAUUUUGUGAUUGGGGGAAGUGUGAAUGAGAAUGGAGUGCUGCAUAUUAGAGCAACAAGAGUUGGUUCAGAGACUGCUCUUUCCCAGAUUGUUAGGCUUGUUGAAUCCGCACAAAUGGCUAAAGCUCCUGUCCAGAAAUUUGCAGAUCGUGUUUCCAAAUAUUUCGUGCCUCUCGUUAUUGUUCUGUCGUUUUCGACUUGGCUUGCUUGGUUUUUAGCUGGAAAGCUCCAUGGUUAUCCCAGAUCAUGGAUUCCUGAUGCUUCUGUGAAUAGCUUCCAACUCGCCCUUCAGUUUGGCAUUUCUGUUAUGGUCAUAGCUUGCCCGUGUGCCCUUGGCCUUGCAACUCCCACUGCAGUUAUGGUUGGCACUGGGGUUGGUGCUUCUCUUGGUAUACUCAUCAAAGGCGGCGGCCACGCAUUAGAAACCGCACAUAAGGUGAACUGUGUAGUUUUUGACAAAACAGGAACUCUAACAGUUGGAAAACCAGUGGUUGUAAAUACUAGGUUGUUGAAAACAGCAAUCAGGCUGCAAGUGUUCAAUGAAUUGGUGGCUGCAACCGAGGUGAAUAGUAAGCACCCUUUAGCCAAUGCAAUUGUUGAAUAUGCAAAAAAGAUUAGAGAAGAUGAGGAGGAGGGGGAUAAAUGGCCUGAAGCUCGGGAGUUCGAAUCGAUAACCGGGCAUGGAGUGAAAGCUGUUGUACAAAAUAAGGAAGUGGUAAUAGGAAACAAGAGCCUGAUGGUGAGCCGUGGCAUUGCCAUUGGAGAUGAUGCAGAGGAUAUAUUAGCAGAAACUCAAGAGUUGGCUCAAACUGGGAUUCUUGUGGCCAUUGAUGGAGAGCUUGUUGGAGUUCUUGCUGUGUCAGAUCCUUUGAAGCCCGGCGCGGCUCAGGUCAUUUCCAUCUUGAAAUCUAUGAAGGUGAAGAGUCUCCUGGUAACAGGCGACAACUGGGGAACAGCGAAUUCCAUUGCUAAGGAAGUUGGGAUCGACGAUGUUGUCGCAGAGGCUAAACCUGAAGAUAAAGCCAAGAAAGUAAAAGAACUACAGGCUUCAAGAAAAGCUGUAGUGGCAAUGGUGGGAGACGGGAUCAACGACUCUCCGGCGCUGGUGGCAGCUGAUGUCGGAAUAGCGAUCGGCGCCGGCACAGAUAUAGCCAUAGAGGCGGCCGACAUCGUGCUCAUGAAAUGCUACCUUGAAGAUGUUAUUACGGCCAUCGAUCUUUCCCACAAAACCUUUUCUCGUAUCCGUUUGAACUACUUGUGGUCUUUGGGUUACAAUCUCCUGGGAAUUCCAAUAGCCGCAGGGGUUCUUUUUCCGUCCACCGGCUUCCGCUUACCUCCGUGGAUCGCCGGAGCAGCCAUGGCCGCCUCGUCGGUGAGUGUUGUCUGUAGCUCUCUUUCCUUGAAGAAUUACAGGCCGCCAAAAAAACUGGAUAGGAUGGAGAUGCUACCAGUAACAAUCCAGUGAUUGUACGUUCACACUUGUAUAAUAUAUAUAUUAUACUAUUUGCCUUUGAUUUGUG